CACUGCGCCGAUUCCCCAAUAACUUCUUGCGUCCGCCUCCUCUCGCGCGCUCUGCGCGAGCGCAGUUUCCCAAAGGCAAACGCCAUAAUGACGGUUCAAACCACCUCCGAUCGACCCAGCAAACUCGCUGGGUACGACUUCUACCGCCAGAUCCUCGGCAGCCCAAAGCUCAUCGUCGCGCCGAUGGUCGAUCAAAGCGAAUUGGCAUGGAGAAUCCUAUCUCGCCGAUACGGUGCCCAGCUUUGUUACACACCCAUGAUAAACGCCAAGAUGUUCUCCCCCCCAUCCGCAAACUCAUACCGCGCCCAAGCAUUCAACACCUCCCUCCAGGAAGAAGGCUCAACCACGCACGACCGCCCUCUCAUCGUCCAAUUCUGCGCUAACAACCCCUCGCAACUCUUAACGAGCGCACUUGCCGUCCAAGACCACUGCGAUGCCAUUGAUAUAAAUCUUGGGUGUCCCCAGGAUAUCGCAAGGAAGGGACACUAUGGGAGCUUUUUGAUGGAUGAGUGGGAGCUUGUUUAUGAAUUGAUCAAUAUCCUUCACUUAAACCUCUCCAUCCCCGUCACAGCCAAAUUCCGAAUAUUCCCCUCUAUAGAAAAAACAGUCGCAUACGCAAAGAUGCUCGAAAGCGCAGGAGCCCAAAUUCUCACUUGUCACGGCCGCCUACGCACACAACGCGGGCAAAACACAGGGCUUGCAGACUGGGCCCACAUCAAAGCCGUAAAAGAGGCUGUUGGGGUGCCUGUAUUCGCCAAUGGUAAUAUUUUGUUUUAUGAGGACGUGUUGAGGUGCAUGGAGGAGACUGGUGUGGAUGGGGUGAUGAGCGCUGAGGGGCAGUUGUAUAAUCCUGCCUUGUUUGCUCCUGCUCCGUGUCAGGAUCCUGGAUCGACGUUGAAAGGCGCACACCCACCCCACGCGGAGCUUGCGCUUGAGUAUCUGGAUAUCGUCAAGAGCCUCAAGACGCCAACAGCGACGAGUGCGGUGAAAGGUCACCUUUUCAAGAUCAUGCGACCCGCUUUGAGCAGGGAGAUCGAUCUGAGGGAGCGAUUGGGUCGGAUCAGAGGGUCGAAUGUCGUUGAGGAGUAUAUUGAGGUUGCGAAGGAGAUGAAGGAGAGGAUGGAGAGGGAUGUUGCGGAGGCGAUGGAGGGGGGGAAGACGAUUGAUGAUUUGAUCACGAUAGAGCCUACGACGGGGAUCAGGGUGCUGCCGCAUUGGCUCUCCCAGCCGUAUUUCAGACCGCUCAAGUCGCCGACAGAUGAUUUGAAACGAGGAUCGUCGCCGAUACCGAUAUCUCACGAAGACGUGAAGCGGCCGAAGCUCUCUGUGGAAUCUGCUGGUGGCGAGAUAGGUGUCCCUCUGUGAUUCCCGU